AUGAAACGCGUCAACGAGGUGACGCGCGUGUACAAGUCGCACCACUUCGACAGCACCAUCUGGGAUGAGUUCGUUCCGAGCGAGGGCGACGUCGUCAUCACCACCAGCUACAAGGCGGGCACGACCUGGACGCAGCGCUGCGUGCAGGUGAUCCUCGCCGCAGCUGGCAAGGCCAGCGAGGAGGACAGCCUCGACGAGGUGUCUCCGUGGGUCGACCUGCGCUUUCCCGCGCGAGCGCAGAAGGUCGAGAUGCUCCGCAGCCUGACGACUCCGCGCUAUCUCAAGAGCCACCUCCCGGCAGACGGGAUACCGGUAUACGACGGCGUGAAAUACAUUCUGGUCUGCCGCGACGGCCCCGACGUCUUCUUCAGCUGGCUCAACCACUGGCGGCACUUCAACGACGCCGCGUACGACAUGCUCAACUCGGAGGGCCUCGAGGGUCCGCCCUACCCUCGCUUCGACGUCACGUUCGAGGAGCUGGGCGGCGAGCGGGGGCUGUUCGAGCGGUGGAUCACGCGGGGGUGGGACCAGCAGCCGUGGGAGGUCGACGGCUGGCCGUGCUGGAGCGCCACGCACCACCUCAGGACGUGGUGGCCCCUGCGGCACCGCGACAACGUGCUGUUCCUGCACUUCAACAACCUCAAGGCCGACCUCGAGGGCUCCAUGCGCAAGGUGGCGCGCUUCCUGGGCGUGUCGGACGCGAUCCCCGAGGACGCCUGGCCGGGCCUGGCGGCCAAGUGCACGUUCGACGCCAUGAAGCGCGACGCGGAGAAGUACGCGCCGGCGCAGGGGGCGCUGUGGGAGCCCUCCGCGGCGCAGGCCCCCCUGGGCCAGAGCGGUGCGAGCCGCACAGGCGGGCAGAUUUUCAUCAACAAGGGAGAGAACGGCCGGUGGCGGGGGGUGUUCACGCAGGAGCAGGUGGAGCGGCACCACGCGACGGUGCGCGAGCAGUGCGGUGCCGACGCGCAGCGCUGGCUGGAGACGGGCGAGAUGCCGCCGUGA